CUCACUUUUAUAUACUCUUUUAAAUUUUACCCGAAAAUAACCGGCUUAGUCGUUCCCCUGGACUUCGCCUGAGAGCUUUGCCUCGCCUCGCAGGAGGAAGAGUGAUAACGGAGGAGAGGAGAGGAUUUUGAGUGAAGGAUGAGAGAAGCGACCUGAAGUGAUCUCGUGAUUAGAUCGAUCGAUGGAUUUCUCAAGACUCCUCUUAAGAGAGAGGGGGAGAGGCGAAACCAUGAAUAACGGAAUAACGGAAGAGAGAAUAUAGAAUAUAGAACAAUAUAGAUCGGUCGAAACGAUUUCUGGUCGACAAUGGCGUUUCGAUCCCUUCUUCGAGCUUGGAGAAGAACUUUCCCCCUUUGAACGAACGUUAUCGAUUAAACACUGGUCGGAGGACGAGAAAUUCGAAUCAUUUCGAAGAGGGAAAGGAAAGGAAAUUGUUUGGAGGAAGGAUGGUGUCGUCCGAGUUUCUAGUGAUUUUUCUUGCCGCGCUGCGCACCGUUCUAGGGACAAAAGACGAUCUCGACGAUCCGAAUACGUGCUCGAGGAACAAAAGUUUGUUCGAGAUCCCUGGUGACGCUGUUCUAUCCGUGUUCUUAAAUAUCAAUCACGGUCCCUAUUGCAACGUGACGAGCGAUACCGGGCUGCAAGAAGUGGUCACCGCCUCAUACGUGGUCCAUCUAUUGAACAAGUACGAAUUCAUUCCUGGAUUCUCAUUGGGUUUGAAGAUCUUGGACACUUGUUUCGACGAGACGACCGUGUACAAACAAGCGUUGCAAACAACCGUGGACGCCGAUUGCCGGACGGACCGCUACGACAUGGGAAUAUUAUUACCGUCCGAGUACGCAACGAUAAUGGAACCGUUGCGCAAUUACAGCGUUUCGCCGAUCGCCACGUACGACGGGGAAAACUUGACGAGGCCGUUGAUCAGUCUGAUGGUCCAUUAUGUGAGCACCAGGUUCGAGACGAUCGAUCUGCUAUUGGCCGGCCACGACUCGGCGUUGAACAUAUUCCUGGACACGGCAAGGGAGGCGGGGAUCUGCGUGAAAAAUUACGGGGACAGUUUGGAGCUGGAGGGGGAUGAGACCGAGCCGGUGAUCGCCGUGAUCGGGCGGAGGAGCGACAUUCGACAGUGGAUAGAGAGGGGGGAGAGGCUGGAAGAAUCGAGGAAAACUUGGAUAGCACUGGCCCUCGAUGGAUCGAACGUGGACGAUCUGGUUCCCUCGGGUUCGUACGCGGUAAGGACAUCGCCGCUCGACCCGGACCUCCUCCAAGACGUCUCGUCGCCGAGCGCGUUCCUCGAGGCGGCCGCCAAUCACGUAACACGUUCCCCGCAUUUGCUGGGUGUCGGUAAAGCGGUGCUCGAGCUCGCCCAAUUGUUGCAAGAUAUUCGUAAGCGGAACUGUCCACGGGCGACGGCCGCGUUGUGCGCGAUGCAACGCUUCAACCCGGCCUCGAGGCAGGAAAUGAGGAACGCAGACGUGUACAGCACGCUACGAAUAAGUGCGAGAUCGCACUCGAUCAGGUACUCGGUGGCGAUGAAGAGUCAACGAGACGUGGUCGACAUGGCAGCGUACAACGUGGAGCCGGUUAAUAUGAAGUUCAGAGUGUCGCCCGAGUCGAGGAUGCCCAGGAUGCCGAGGCUGUGCUUGAAGAAGUACGCGAGGAACUGCGACGGAUGCGCCAAUUUCAAGAAAAGAUUCGGACCUCGCGGCGCGAGCAAAGACACGCUCGACAGGGGUGUGUUAAAGGCGGGCAACUGGGUGCCAAUCUUCCUCACGGUGGUCGUGUGCGGCACGUUCGCCUGCGGCGCGAUCGCCGUCUUCAUCAUCUACCGUUUCAUGGUCGAGGACGUCCUCGACGGGAAUCCAGUGUUGACGAUCGUCCUGAUACUCGCCAACGUGUUCACUCUCCAAACCGUGCUUCCGUUCUGCAUCAACGACGACUACUUGGGGGGCGAACGGUUGAACUCGAGGAAGAUACUCGCGACGACCCUCGCCUUCGGAUUGGACUUCUCCCUCAUGUUGACGAGGGCCUUCUUCCUCGUCUUCUCCAAGGGAGGCGUCUUCACCGCCCACAUAAACGGCCACCUUCAAGGGCUCAUGGUGUUCUUCAUGUUCUUCGUCCAGGUCGCCAUAUCCGUCAUGUUCUUCGCCCUCAGCAACCACGACUCGGCUGUAAUUAUGAGAAGCCUGAUAUUCAUCGCUCUUCUGGGAUACGAUAUAUUCCUACUGAUCACACUGUUCGUCGUGUGCUUCUUCAUCUUCCAAUUGCCGCGCAAUUAUCGGGAGGGCAAGUGUUUCUUCGGCACAUCUAUCGGCCUAUUAAUCGCAUGGGCCGUAUGGCUCACCUGCUUCAUUCUCGUGGAGCCGGAAUAUCGCGACACGGUGGUGUCCCUCGGCAUCAUAUCCACCGCUUAUCUCAUCAUUAUAGGGAUACUGAUACCGAGGACGUAUUACAUGGUAACGCAUCUUGCAAGGGGGAAGAAGUUCGGGCAGAGAUUCGAGUCGACCGAUCUCGCGCCCGACUCGAGGAUCGACAUAAUUGGCAGGCAGAGUCGCCCGUUUUACGAUUACGUGCACUCGCGUGGGGGAAGUACGACCAAUUUGCACGUGACACCCACCAUGUAUCCAAACUAUUACGGAAGCUCGAGUCCAGGCCAAAAGUAUCUAGGAACAGCGAGCAGAAGAAUUCCCGGAUACAACAAUUACGGAUACCAUUCGGAGAUGCGGGAAGUGAAUAACUCUUACUCGAUACCGCAAGUCUGCAUCGAGGAUGCGGACUCAAGAAUCGACGAAAGCGCGACUUACGCGCGGCCUAAGAGCAACCGGAAGAGGAGGGGCAAAGGGGAGAAGGAUUGCAUCGAGACGGACGUUUACGUGGAGAGCAACGUGUCGACGUGCCGCAGAUCGAACAACGAAUCUCCGUAUCCAAGCAGAUCGAACAGCCCCAGGUUGGCCCAAGUCGAGGCGACUAUCCGCGAGGAGGAGGAGGGGAACGAGGAGACGAGCAGGAUCACGCGAUUUUGAACGUUUCGAGGAGAGACUCAUCGAACGUGAUUUAUUAUUAUAUCUAUUUUCCUCGACGAGAAGGAUUUUAAAUUUUUUUAAAUUUUUCUCGCGUCUUGUCUUUCGAAACUGAUCCUGAUCGAUUAGAGAUUUUUUUUCUUUUUUUAAUUGCACGCACGUUUGUACUUAUUAUUAGGAAUUGUAAGAAACAAUUGUCGUAGCCGAUAGAUCUUCGCCUUUAAAUCCGUCGUCUAAGUGAAUCUAGUCAAUGAAUAGUGUGAAAGUUUUUUUCAACUGUCAAUAAGAUAACGUUAUAUAAAAGUGACAAAUCGUGAGUGAGUAUAAAAAUGAAAAAUAUAUAAAGAAUCGAGGAAUGGAGGAAGGGACCACGAGGUUUUUAAUUAUAUCAUAAUUAAACGAAAAGUAUUAUAAUAUUUAUUGCGUAUUUAGCAAUACGUUUAUAAUUAACAAAGAUACAUAAAGUGUAUAAGAUGAA